AUGAUGCCGUUUCCGGUGACAGCCCCGGGCCCACAGCAGACCCCGACAUCGCCCAAGCACCAUGGCAUCUCCUCCCCCAUCAGUUUAGCACCCCCCAAGGAGACUGACUGCAUACUCACCCAGAAACUGAUCGAAACCCUGAAGCCCUUUGGGGUUUUUGAAGAGGAAGAGGAACUGCAGCGCAGGAUUUUAAUUUUGGAAAAAUUAAAUAAUCUGGUAAAGGAAUGGAUACGAGAAAUCAGUGAAAGCAAGAGUCUUCCACAAUCUGUAAUUGAAAAUGUCGGAGGGAAGAUCUUCACGUUCGGCUCUUACAGAUUAGGAGUGCACACGAAAGGGGCCGACAUAGAUGCCUUGUGCGUGGCACCAAGACAUGUUGACCGAAGUGACUUUUUCACCUCCUUCUAUGAUAAAUUGAAACUACACGAAGAAGUGAAAGAUUUAAGGGCUGUUGAGGAGGCAUUUGUACCAGUUAUCAAACUGUGUUUUGAUGGGAUAGAGAUUGAUAUUUUGUUUGCAAGAUUAGCACUGCAGACUAUUCCGGAAGAUUUGGACCUAAGAGAUGAUAGUCUGCUUAAAAAUUUAGACAUUAGAUGCAUAAGAAGUCUUAACGGUUGCCGAGUAACUGAUGAAAUUUUACAUCUUGUACCAAACAUUGACAACUUCAGGUUAACUCUCAGAGCCAUCAAACUGUGGGCCAAAUGCCACAAUAUCUAUUCCAAUAUAUUAGGUUUCCUAGGAGGUGUUUCCUGGGCUAUGCUAGUAGCAAGAACUUGCCAGCUUUAUCCAAAUGCAAUAGCGUCAACUCUCGUCCGUAAAUUUUUCUUGGUAUUUUCCGAAUGGGAAUGGCCAAAUCCAGUGCUGCUCAAAGAGCCUGAAGAACGGAAUCUUAAUUUGCCUGUAUGGGACCCAAGGGUAAAUCCCAGUGACAGGUACCAUCUUAUGCCUAUAAUUACACCAGCAUACCCACAGCAGAACUCCACAUACAAUGUGUCUGUUUCAACAAGGAUGGUCAUGAUCGAGGAGUUUAAACAAGGGCUUGCUAUCACACAUGAAAUUUUGCUGAGUAAGGCAGAGUGGUCCAAACUUUUUGAAGCACCAAGCUUCUUUCAAAAGUACAAGCACUAUAUCGUACUUCUAGCAAGUGCACCAACUGAAAAACAACACCUAGAAUGGGUGGGCUUGGUGGAAUCAAAAAUCCGAAUCCUGGUUGGAAGCUUGGAGAAGAAUGACUUUAUUACACUGGCACACGUGAAUCCACAGUCAUUUCCAGCACCCAAAGAAAAUCCCGACAAGGAAGAAUUUCGUACCAUGUGGGUGAUUGGGUUAGUGUUAAAAAAGCCAGAAAACUCUGAAGUUCUCAGUAUUGAUCUUACCUAUGACAUCCAGUCUUUCACAGACACAGUUUGUAGGCAAGCAAUAAAUAGUAAGAUGUUUGAGAUGGACAUGAAGAUUGCUGCAAUGCAUUUAAAAAGAAAGGAACUUCAUCAACUACUACCUAAUCAUGCGUUUCAGAAAAAGAAAACAGAUUCCACGGAAGGUGUCAGGUUGACAACUUUGAAUGAUGGCAGCCUCAACUUGUCUGUAGACAGUGAAGACAGCAUGUCUGUGCCUUUACUUACUAGCACUGUGAAGACAAGCCCAAUGACUGGCAGCUCUCAGGGCAGGAACAGUUCUGCCCUGGCUGUAAUGACAGCACCUGUGACCAGCGUACAGGUGUCUGAAGUUUCCUCGCAACAACUGAAUCCCGGUGACUGCUCAGGGAGUGCGUCGAGUGAAGGCAUUCCUCAGACUGCCUUGCACCCAGCCAUUUCUCCACCACCAAAGACCGCGGUCACCAGAGUUGUUUCUUCAACGUGUCUGGUAAACCAUCCACCCCGGCCUUCAGGGAGUGCAGCCACAAACAUAGCUAACCCUAUAGUAGGAGUCUAGAGGACAUUCUCACCUCAUACAGAAGAAAGGACCAAGGACCCCAAAACA